GUCGUUACGGUACGUAGAUAAUGGAGUAAAAUAAUUUCGGCUGUAACCCUAAGCAGAUCAAUAAAAGCAGGCUAAAUCAAACGGAUCACGCGAUGGCUGAGUCUAAGACGCAGCUGAGAAAUUCUAAAACGAAUAUUGAGAACCCAGAAAUUGAUAUUUCGAACAGUUCUCUUGAUGCCGAACCAGUUGAGGAUAAUGAUGAAACUGGCAGUGAACAAAUCGGACAAAAUGUAGCCACAGCAGCUGUAACCAUAGAUCGAGACGAAUACUUGCAAGCUCAUAGAGACUUGGCCGUGGAACGCAGUCAGCAACUAUUGAAAAACAAUAUACUGCAUCGUCGAUUGGCUGAGUAUUAUAAAAAACGUAAACUGGAUCAUGUUUUAAAACAACUAGACGGAGCUGCAGAUUUGGAGGAAAAGUACCAACAAAAGCUAUUUUCGUUUGAAGAACUUAAAGAAAAGUCGGAAAGAGAAAUAGCGGAUAUCAAAGCAAAAGUCCAAACUGUACAGCUGCAAUACGCGGAUCGUUUAGAACAAGCCGAAAAAAAAUUUGACGAAUUGGAGAACUACGAGAAGAAUACAGGAACAGGCCUAAUUUAUUCAAAAAAGGGCAAACCCAUUGCUGACAAGACAGUUCAGAGGUUUUUAACGCUUCAAAGACGAAAAUGCGAGCAGUCGUCAGCGCUAUGCCUCCGUUAUAUUCGUGCGAGAAACGCUGUGGCUGAACUUGAAGCUAUAGUGAGAAAACUCGAGAUGCUCGGGCCUGGCUUAUAUGUGGCUCAGUACGAACAAUUGGACAUCGACCAUCAAAACUAUAUGACAAAAAUAGAAGAAAGAGAAGACGAACUCAUAAGGAAUCGGAGUAAAUGCACUGAGCAUAAUCAGAUUUUAGCUCAUAUUAGAGAGAAAAUGCAUCACACGGAUGACGUUAUCGAUUUUGCAGAAUGCGACCUCGGCGAUGCUGAAAUUGAAUUUUUACGCGCCAGAGAAGAUCUUGGUCAGGUUAAAAAUCGACGCGAUAAAAUACGAUGGUCUCUAGAAGCGGAGAGAUUGAAAGCAGGCUUACUGACGAGAAAAGAUCUCUUGAGAGAUUACCAGGACGCGACAGAUCAGGUGCUGCAAUUGAAACAGCAAAAAGCGAACCUUGAAACCUUAAUAGCUGACACGAAUAAAGAAUUGAGAAAAGCUCGUAGUCGAAUUCGCAUUGAGCAUUCGUCUGUUACGGAUAUAUCCAGAUUAAAGCGCAUGGAUAAGCAACCGGACAUAAAUAACAAAACAAUUUAGAAAGAGGCAAUGCAGGAUCUUUAUUACUAGUAAAUUAAAGCUACAGUUCAACUUCAAGCUACUUCUUCUUCUUGCUUCGGUUUCCUCAAUACUGAGAGUCGUGACCACCUCCUCGCAACAAGAGCUUAUUACGGACCAUUCCACGCCA